AUGAAGUCGACUCUUUUGACUACAAGCCUCUUGGCCGCUGGAGCGAGUGCCCUUGACAAGCGUUUCAACACCUCCCUCGAGGCCCCCUCUCCCUCAAACCCCCUCGGAAACCCCUCCUACCCAGGCUGGACCUCCUCCAACGGGCCCAACUGGGUCGACUACAUCACCGUCAAGCAUAACGCCUCGCUGCUGUACACAUACAACCUCGCCUACGGCGGCGCGACCGUGGAUGCGGCGCUUGUCAAGCCAUACGCCGACACGGUGCUCACCCUCAAAGACCAAGUGCAAACCCUCUUCGCCGGCGCCUACGCAUCCCGCGCGGACCCCGUCUGGAGCGGCGCCGACUCCGUGUUCGCGUUCUGGAUCGGCAUCAACGACAUUGGCAACUCGUACUGGAACGGCGCGGAGGCGACGUCGGCGCUGAACGCCAAGAUUGUGGACGUCUACCGGGGUCUGGCCAAGGAGCUGUACGAGGCCGGCGCGAGGAACUUUGUGUGGUUGACGGUUCCGCCUGUUGACCGGACGCCGAUGCUGCUCGUGGAGAACGCGGACGCGCAGAAGCUCGCCAGGGAGGAUAUACUGGACUUCAACGGCAGGGUGAACGACAUGGCGAGGAACGUGAUGGGGUGGGAGGGCGCGAACACGUGGGUCGUGGAUACGAAUGGGAUGUUUAACAGCGUCUUGGAUGAUGUUGGCAAGUUCGAGGCGACUCGGGGGCUGAAGAACACCACAGGGUACUGUGAGGCGUAUGAGAACGGAACUGAUGCCGACAACACGCUUAUCGAAAGCUGUACGUACAGGGUCAACGAGUACUUUUGGCUCAACACGCUGCACCCGACAUAUCCGAUUCACGACGCGGUUGCCGAGACCGUUUCUGCGGCAUUGGAGGCUGGGCCGAAUGUCUGCUGA